AGUGCAAGCAACGGAAAACUGCUUUCAUUUGAAGCUUGUUGCUCCUCCCUCUUUCGUCAUGUUGCACUACGGCUCUGCCUACUCUCGUUGCCUACGGCAGGUGUGUGGCGGCCUGUCGGGCGGCGGUGUCUCACUUCAGCACCGCAACGGAGCCGCCUUCACGCCUUCCACUUCGGCGUUUACUGCGGUGGGCGGUGUCGUCUCCGCAGGGGCGGCGCUGCAUACGUCCGUCCGCGGCAAGGCAACGAACAUUCGCAUAGCAAACCGGAAGAAAGUGGAGAUGUUCGUCGCCAAGCGCUACCACCUCCCGACGCGGCUCCGCACCGCCGCACCGGACAUCGCCCUCGAGUGGGACUACGAGAAGAACCCAAUGCACCUCUACCCUGAAAUUGUGGGCAUCGGCUACAUGCAGCCGGUCUUCUGGAAAUGCAGAGGCUGCGACCACUCCUACAAGAUGAGCGUCGAGAAGCGUGUGGUGCGUGGCGGCGGGUGCCCCGUGUGCGAAGAACGGGAGUUGAACCGGUCUAUGGCGCAAAAUGACGCUUUCAUGGAGCGCAAUCUCGCGGGGGACGCGACUGCGGAGGAGACGCCGCCGCUUCUACCGGGGGAGGAAAACCGCGCGCUGCGGCCGAAGCGGACGACGGUGCUGAACCUUCGCACGAAGUACUGA